AUGGCCAUUGAGUUACUCAAAAAUGCAGGAAUGGACCUCCCCUCCAACAUGGCAAUCCUCUCAGCAAGAAAACUUGUUCAUGGUGGCAUUCUCUACGAACUCAGCAACCUGGAAUCAGCAGCUUGGCUUAGCAUCCCAGGGAACAGAAGCAACUUCCUAGAACAAUUUGGAGCAGAGGUAAUCAUAAAAGACCACAUGUACCACCUCAUCAUUGAAAACAUUCCUGUAUCCUUCAACCCAACCUCUCCAGUGGCGACCUCAGAAAUUGAAAGGAAAGGCGGCCUUCAACCAAAAUCAGUGAUCAAGGCCAGAUACAUCAAACCUGUCGCUCGCAGAAAUCCGAACCAAAGGACCACUCACAUCGCCUUAUCCCUCAACUCGAAGACCUCAGCCAACCAGAUCCUUCAACAUGGAAUCACCAUAGAGGGCAAGAAGGUGUAUGGCUGCAAACUGCUUCCCAAACCCACAAGAUGUCUAAAGUGUCACACUUUUGACAGAGGGCACAUAGCUGCAGAAUGUCAACAGGAACAUGACACCUGUGGCAUGUGUGGCGAGAAGCACUGCACUGUGGAAUGCAAGAUUGACAAUGCAGCAGCCUACCACUGUGUCAACUGCAAGUCAAAUGGACAUGCAGCCUGGAGCCGAGAAUGCCUGACUUUCAAAGUGAAAUGGGAAACACACAAGAACAGAAACGAUGAAGCCCAGUACAUAUACUUCCCUACUGAGGACCUGCUAACAUGGGAAAUGAGCAGACACACCCAAGCCGACAUCGACAUCAACCACCACCAGCAGCAAACCUACCCAGCCAAACAAUGA